GGGAUUUUCCGAGAAUCACGCUUUCAGAAAACAAACUUCUUAGGUAACUAGGGCAGGUUGCCAGAUAAUAACACUGUCAUUCAGAGUGGGCUAUUUUUGUCGAGUUUAUGAUUCAUUGAGAAAUCCGAAGGAUACAACGGCCCGGGAAUCCCCUACGAAAAUGGGUCCUAGCGUCCCGACAGCCUUCUGAGUGGUAUUCGGGAACAGAGUUUGCGUGUGACCAGACGACAGACAAACCAUGGAGUUUCUGAUGCUACUUGAAAUUCGUCUGACUGUCAUCUGCUUGGCAUUUCUCACGUGGGAAUUUGCGGCUGGAUUUCAUUAUAAUAAAUACUGCCCUGCAGUUUUACCUUCCAAGUGUUUCUGUAAUAAAGCGCUUACCAGUGUUAACUGUGAGGGUCUACGACUGACUGAUAUACCAGCUGGCAUACCAAAAACUGUAGAAAAACUUUAUCUGACCCAUAACUACAUAGAUACACUCGAUAGCUCACGCUUCGGUGUUCUUCCAAAUCUCAAGGAGCUGUAUCUCCAAAACAACAAGAUUAUGAAACUUCAAAUGCACGCCUUUCACGGUCAGUACACUCCAAAUCUAAAUCUGCUCCGUUUAGACAAUAAUGUCAUUGCUUCUCUGGAAAAGUGGUCAUUUUACAACCUAACAGUUCUCGAACACGUGUACCUUGGAAACAACUACAUCAAGGAAAUUGAUGAGAACGCUUUUUUCAAAUGCACGAGCAUCACGUUCGUUAUUCUGGACAGUAACAAACUGACAAGAAUUCCUCCUCUAGGAACACUUCAAGGACUACAAAGUUUAUAUAUCCAAGCCAACGGUAUCAACAACGCAACAUUUCCGGCUGAGUACAGGAACCUAACUCAGCUGAAGAAUAUUGGUCUUAGCAAUAACUUCAUUCGUAUUCUAGGAAACGAAACUUUUGAAGCUUUGAGCACAACAACAGUCAUCAAGUUAGAACUAUCGAGAAACAAAAUCGACAAUAUUUCUCGUCACGCUUUUGCCCCGUUGCACAUGAUUCAGUCUCUGAAGCUCGGCAGAAAUCCAAUAACUGCUCCAGUACUUGAAAGUGCGCUCGUUGGUCUGCAGGGGAAACCUCUUCGUUCCUUGAACAUCGCUAACUUGACUCUAGGUGGAUUCAUACCCAAUGCCACAUUCCAGCUUCUCCGAAACACGACCAUUAACACCUUACUCAUGGCAAACAAUAAGAUUCAACACAUUCCUGACAGAGCAUUUGCAGAUCUGGCAAAUUUACAGCUACUUGACCUCAGCAGCAGUUGGAUAACAUCAGUAGCCGAUACAGCUUUUGAUGGUCUAAAAACUUUGACGAAUCUCAAACUCAAUGAUAAUUUUUUGGAUGAUGUCCCCAAACAUAUGCCAACCACUUUACAAUUGCUAUAUCUCAAUGGGAACCGAAUCGCCUCUCUUCCAGACAACAUCUUCUCCAACCUCAACAACCUUCAGAGGUUAUACCUGGGAGCAAACACCAUAGUUACACUUUACCAGUCUUCCUUUAACGGGCUUGUCAAUCUGAAAACCUUGCAUCUCGUUCAGAAUAAGAUCAGUACCCUACCCGGGAGGGUAUUUCAGCCCUUCACACGCCUGUCAUCUCUUGAAUUGAACAGGAACAACAUCAAAAGCAUUCCUGAUCCGUCCUCCUUGUUUGAUUCUAUGAAAGCUCUUCAGAAUCUCAAUCUGGCCGACAACGCUCUCGGAAUAAUGCCCACGACUUUAUUUAAUCAAUUGACUUCCCUCCAAUAUCUCCAUUUGGAGAACAACAACAUCGGGCUUGCCAUGGAACACGACAGAGAGGGACAACUCUUUGCAGGACUUCACAAACUACAAACUAUUGACCUGACAAAUAACCAAAUAAAAUUUAUCUAUGACUCCAGUUUUCGCGAUCUUAACACUCUGCAAUCACUUACUCUUCGUCAGAACCGCCUGUCCGCCUGGGGUCCCCAUCUCUUUAACAAGAUGGUAAAAUUAAACACUCUCGAUCUUAGUCACAAUCUGAUAGCACUGGUCAACAGUACGUCCGUUCAUGAUUUGGGCAACCUUAUGUCACUCAAUCUUACAGAAAACCCUUUCGCUUGUACAUGUGAUCUACGUUGGUUUAGAGACUGGGUCAAUACGACGGACAUCGCAAUUCCUGGGUUGACUUCCUACGUUUGUAACAGCCCCGUUGCUUGGCGCGGAAAAAAGCUCUUGUCGUUCGACAGGACAAAAAUCAACUGUCUGUUCUUCACCUUGCCAGUGCUCUUGACCGUGGUAGGGGUGGCUGUGUUCGUAGUGGUCAUAAUUAUAAUUUGUCUCUACCGUAAGAGAUGGUUUAUCCGACUCCGAUGCCAUCGCAUGUGCAGACGUGUUCGCAGAAAAGUGCGGAAGGCCCCAAUAAACUACGAACCCAUCCCUGGCGCAGACAACACGUUUGACGCAUAUUUGUCGUGUGCAGAAGAUGAUUGGAGAUGGGUUCUUGAUAAUAUUCUUAUGGAUAUUGAUAACGGCAAGCUGAUGAACGUGGAUUUUAGAGGUGAACACAAGCUUUACUUUGAUCAUAGAGAUGCGGAACCCGGAAAGUCAAAUAUAGGCAAUAUCGUAGACAACAUGGAAGCUAGCAGAACGGUAAUUAUUAUCCUUAGUAAUAACUAUGUUUCUGACCCGAGGUAUGCAUUCGAAUUAGAAUUUGUCAUUAUGUUGAAGGCCAAAGGAGUUAUAGAAGAUUUCAUCGUCGUGGCAAGUGAAUAUCUGAAAGUCAAACGCGUGCCGAAAGCGCUGCAUCCCAUGAUGGCGAGUGAGAGGUACCUCCAGUGGGAGGAUAAGGAGGACGCAGUACAGACUAUCAAGGGGAAAUUAAAAGAUUUCCUAGACAAACGUGAGUAUUUUCUAAUGCAAAUUGAAAUUCGUCUGGCUGUCAUCUGCUUGGUGUUUGGCACGUGGGGAUUUGCGGCUGGAAUUCAGUAUAAGAACUACUGCGCUGCAGUUUUACCUUCCAAGUGUUUCUGUAAUAAAGCGCUUACCAGUGUUAACUGUGAGGGUCUACGACUGACUGAUAUACCAGCUGGCAUACCAAAAACUGUAGAAAAACUAUAUCUGACCCAUAACUACAUAGACACACUCGAUAGCUCACACUUCGGUGUUCUUCCAAAUCUCAAGGAGCUGUAUCUCCAAAACAACAAGAUUAUGAAGCUUCAAGUGCACGCCUUUCACGGUCAGUACACUCCAAAUCUAAAUCUGCUCCGUUUAGACAAUAAUAUCAUUGCUUCUCUGGAAAAGUGGUCAUUUUACAACCUAACAGUUCUCGAACACGUGUACCUUGGAAACAACAACAUCAAGGAAAUUGACGAGAACGCCUUUUUCAAAUGCACGAGCAUCACGUUCGUUAUUUUGGACAGUAACAAACUGACAAGAAUUCCUCCACUAGGAACACUUCACGGACUACAAAAUUUAUAUAUCCAAGCCAACGGUAUCAACAACGCAACAUUUCCGGCUGAGUACAGGAACCUAACUCAGCUGAAGAAUAUUGGUCUUAGCAAUAACUUCAUCCGUAUCCUAGAAAAGGAAACUUUUGAAGCUUUAAGCACAACAGCAGUCAUCAAGUUAGAAUUAUCGAGAAACAAAAUCGACAAUAUUUCUCGUCACGCUUUUGCCCCGUUGCUCAUGAUUCAGUCUCUGAAGCUCGGCAGAAAUCCAAUAACUGCUCCAGUACUUGAAAGUGCGCUCGUUGGUCUGCAGGGAAAACCUCUUCGUUCCUUAAACAUCGGUAACUUGACUCUAGGUGGAUCCAUACCCAAUGCAACUUUCCAGCUUCUCCGAAACACGACCAUUAACACCUUACUCAUGGCAAACAAUAGGAUUCGACAUAUUCCAGACAAAGCAUUUGCAGAUCUGGAAACUUUACAGCUACUUGACCUCAGCAGCAGUGGUAUAACAUCAGUAGCCGAUACAGCUUUUGAUGGUCUAAAAACUUUGACUAAUCUCAAACUCAAUGAUAAUGUUUUGGAUGUAGUCCCAAGCAAUAUGCCAACCACUUUACAAUUGCUAUAUCUCAAAGGGAAUCAAAUCCACUCUCUUCCAGACGACAUCUUCUCCAACCUCAGCAACCUUCAGAGGUUAUACCUGGGAGCAAACAACAUAGUUACACUUCACCAGUCUUCCUUUAACGGGCUUGUCAAUCUGAAAACCUUGCAUCUCGUUCAGAAUAUGAUCAGUACCCUACCCGGGAAGGUAUUUCAGCCCUUCACACGCCUGUCAUCUCUUGAGUUGAACAGGAACAACAUCAAAAGCAUUCCUAAUCCGUCCUCCUUGUUUGAUUCUAUGAAAGCUCUUCGGAAUCUCAAUCUGGCCGACAAUGCCCUCGGAAUAAUGCCCACAACUUUAUUUAAUCAAUUGUCCUCCCUCCAAUAUCUCCAUUUAGAGAACAACAACAUCGGGCUUGCCAUGGAACACGACAGAGAGGGACAACUCUUUGCAGGACUUCACAAACUACAAACUAUUAACCUGACAAAUAACCAAAUAAAACUUAUCUAUGGCUCAAGUUUUCGCGAUCUUAACACUCUGCAAUCACUAACUCUUCGUCAGAACCGCCUGUCCGCCUGGGGUCCCCAUCUCUUUAACAAGAUGGUAAAAUUAAACACUCUCGAUCUUAGUCACAAUAUGAUAGCACUGGUCAACAGUACGUCCGUUCAGGAUUUGGGCAACCUUAUGUCUCUCAAUCUUACAGAAAACCCUUUCGCUUGUACAUGUGAUCUACGUUGGUUUAGAGACUGGGUCAAUACGACGGACAUCGCAAUUCCUGGGUUGACUUCCUACGUUUGUAACAGCCCCGUGGCUUGGCGCGGAAAAAAGCUCUUGUCGUUCGACCGGACAAAAAUCAACUGUCUGUUCUUCACCUUGCCUGUGCUCUUGGCCGUGGUAGGGGUGGCUGUGUUCGUAGUGGUCAUUAUUAUAAUAUGUCUCUACCGUAAGAGAUGGUUUAUCCGACUCCGAUGCCAUCGCAUGUGCAGACGUGUUCGCAGAAAAGUGCGGAAGGCCCCAAUAAACUACGAACCCAUCCCUGGCGCAGACAACACGUUUGACGCAUAUUUGUCGUGUGCAGAAGAUGAUUGGAGAUGGGUUCUUGAUAAUAUUCUUAUGGGUAUUGAUAACGGCAAGCUGAUGAACGUGGAUUUUGGAGGUGAAUACAAACUUUACUUUGAUCAUAGAGAUGCGGAACCCGGAAAGACAGUUAUAGGCAAUAUCGCGGACAACAUGGAAGCUAGCAGAACGGUCAUUAUUAUCCUUAGUAAUAACUAUGUUUCUGACCCGAGGUAUGAAUCCGAAUUAGAUCAUGCCAUCAUGUUGAAGGCCAAAGGAGUUAUAGAAGAUUUCAUCGUCGUGGCAAGUGAAUAUCUGAAAGUCAAAUGCGUGCCGAAAGCGCUGCAUCCCAUGAUGGCGAGUGAGAGGUACCUCCAGUGGGAGGAUAAGGAUGACGCAGUACAGACUAUCAAGGGGAAAUUAAAAGAUUUCCUAGACAAACGUGAGUAUCCCUAAUUCGGGGAUAUUAACUCAUUCACCUCUGAAAUUUCAUAAUGAACUAGUCCAAACUUUGAACUCGAGUUCAAAUGGAUCUUCAGGGACGAAUGAGUUAAGAAUUCGUAAAUAGCCUUAUGUUCGCGGAAAUCACAAAACAAAACACGCCAUAAUGUCUAAGCGCUAUACAGUAUACGUAGCAGGUCGUUCAGUAAUAUUACCAGUGACCGCCAAUGUAUAUAAAUAAUAACAAAUCAUAGAGAUUUAAAAUCGUACCAAAACUGACAUGUGUAAUAACCGAAGAAUAAGCGCGAUGACGUCCUUUAUUUGCACCAGAACAUACAUGUAUAAAGAUUUAAGUGGUCACUGUUACACAAAGCUGACACCAAAUAGAUAUAUUAAUCAAUUUCAGAACUAAAUAGUAUGAAAAGGCAGUUGUCCACCUUCCCGGCAACGUUAAGGAACCAUGCAGAAUUAUACUUGUGAAUUAAAUAAAAUGCUUGGUGUAGAUAAAAUUAAACAAUUGGCGGUCAGAACAGCGUUGUCCGGCGAAAUCUACAUUGCUCACUUAACAAUAAGAAUCUCUUCAUGUUCGUUAUAGCAACCGUUGUAAAUAACUUUAAAUUGUAAUUUAUAUACACCUAAAUUGUUGCAUAGUUUAUCGCGGUCCAAACGGUUGAACCGGUUUGACCAAAGUUCGUUUAUGAAAUAAGAUCGUACCUAGUACUCUGAUGCUGCUUUCAGGCGAGCCUUGACCAAGCCUUGCAAUGCCUGCAUAAGCUUUUGCAGGUCCGCUAGGAUGUAUACCCAAAAAUGUUACAUUUUAAAACGAAUGUACCGGUUGUUCCGCAUAAACGAACAGGCCCCUUGUUUUUUUUAGAUUUGGGUUUAUCAGUGAACAUUAUACACGAUACCCGUACGCUCACGUUCGUUCUCUGUACUCCCAUAUAUAUCGAAGGCACACACUUCACCGUUUGAUUGGUUCCAGGUAAAAAAAAUAACCUGAACAAUCGCAUAAGCUGAUGCGAAUCACCAAGGAAGGUCAAAGAGGUUACAGAGGUGGCGCUAUCGAUUUGGUUAUGCCAUACAUUUUCCACGGGUGCAGGGAACGUAAGAGAACGAACCCCCCCUCCCCAACCUCAGAAUUUUGAGGAUGAUGAAUGUACAAUUCCAUUUUAUAUAUUAUGUUCAAUUAGCAUAGACAGAGGUUCCAAUGAUGAAUAAUUUCAUUAUUGAUGUACAGUGUAUUUUUUUUUAGAUCUUACAAUUUUUUUAUCCAACAAUCUUAAAAGAACUAAAAUAGUCAAGAGGUUCCAAUGAUAAAUAUUUGAAAAAUUGAUGUGUAUUUUGUACAGCUUAUAAUUUUCACGCGAGAGCAUUUCUAGCGUUUUGAUCACUCAGUCUUUGGAGAACUAAUGUUUUGUGUACAUGUGAUAUCAUAUAUUUUUAAAGCAUGCCAUGGAGAUGUGAAUUCCUGUAGACUAUUACAUUAAUCCUGUUCUGUGAAGAAGUGAACACACGUUUCGAUCAUAUAAUACUCUUUAAGAGUCAUCAGUUGUAUGCUCAUAAGAAUCAUCAGUUGAAUGCUCUUAAAGAAUCAUCAAUUGUAUGUUCAGUUAUAUGAUCUUAAAGAGUCAUCAGUUGUAUGCUCACUGAGUGUCAUCAGUUGUAUGCUCUUAAAGAGUCAUCAGUUGUAUGCUUUUAAAGAGUCACCAGUUGUAUUAUCUUCAAGAGUCUUUUAUUGUAUGCUUUAAAAGAAUCUGGAGUUAUAUGCUAUUAAAGAGUCAUCAGUUGUAUGCUUUUAAAGAGUCACCAGUUGUAUUAUCUUCAAUAGUCUUUUAUUGUAUGCUUUAAAAGAAUCUGGAGUUAUAUGCUAUUAAAGAGUCAUCAGUUGUAUGCUUAUUGAGAGUCAUAAGUUGUAUGCUCUAAGAGUCAUCAAUUGUAUGCUCUUAAAGAGUCAUCAGUUGUAUGCUCUUAAAGAGUCAUAAGUUGUAUGCUCUUAAAGAGUCAUCAGUUGUAUGCUCUUAAAGUGUCAUCAAUUGUAUGCUCUUAAAGAGUCAUCAGUUGUAUGUUGUUAUGUAAAGCAGCAAGUUUUAUUGAUCAUUAAACUAAACCUUAACCAGUUAAGGUUAUCAGAAUGACAUCAUUUGUUCAUAGUAUCAAGUUCCCUCAACCAUUAUAGCUAAUCAGAAUGACAUCUUUUCGUCCUUACCUGAUAGUCUCUUAGCCAUCCUGCCCUCAAAGGACCCAAAGAAGAACCCUUGGUUUAUCAAAUAAAUAAAAAUGAAUGAAAUAUUUUGGGUUUGGGGUGGACACUCUAAAACAAUUCCAUCGCUCGUCAGUGACACUACAAUGACAUCUAUCAGGAAUUAGAAGUAAUUUUUCAAAAUCUUGUAGACAGUUUGGUCGUUGUAGACAAAUUAAGUCAGCCACUGUAAAUCUUGCAGUAUCCUUUUCUAAAAUGUAUAACUUCAUCGGAAAAUGCCCAAAAUACAAAAUAAAUAAACAAGUCUCCUUGAAAAGAGAGUUGUGCUAUUGAAUACAAUUGAAAAGUUACUGUUUUCCUUUUAGUACAUAAGGAAGUUGUUUUUAUCAUUAUAAGUGGAGCAAUAAUAUAUCCUCCAAAGUAAAUCAGUGGAGAAAUCACUCGUACAAUAAAGGCUUUUACCAACUCAGACAGAAAUUUGAAAGUAAAAUUAGCAAAUAUUUUUCAAGCAAAUUGAAUAACAGCUUUAAGUUUUCUUACAAAAAACUUGCUAUUUUUGUAAGAAGUAAAUCAAAUCUCAGGUCAGGAGGGAUUGAGAUCUGAAAAAUGUUAAAUGUUGCUGAUAUUUUUAUGAAUGACUUUUCCGACUGAGGAAAAGUGUAAUCAUACAAGAUCUUGAUAUCAUUUCAUUUUUGUGUUAAUGGUAGCUACUACCCCACUGCUAUAUAUUCACGUGUAACGUGUUCUGUUUUGAUUUACAAUGUUUUUUGUGUUCUUUUUUUAGUCACAUUGUGGUGUUUUUUGAUCAUUUGAUAUGUUUGUAGUUAUCUUUGAUGUAUAUAGUUAUAAUGCACUAUUAUUAUACACAUUGUAUAUACAUGUAUAUUAUUUGAGGGACAGACAGGUUUUUGUCAAAUUUGUAGGGUGUUUUGGUAUAAAUGUAAAUGAUAUUGGAUUUAUUCCACAUUCAAGACUAGUAGAAAAAACGGACAUAUGUAUUUUUGCCGAUGUCGACUUGGAUAAUUCGAACUACUUUUUAUUUAAGCGGCUAUAAUUUCGUGUAAUUCGAACAGGAUUGACAGUAUUUAUUUAAUUUUGUUCGAACUGACCAAAGGUUUACUGUAUGUGUUUUGAAAACUUUCUUCUGUGUUUAAAAUAAGACUUUGGCAUACAGCAAAAACCUUGUUAUAUUGCCACAAUUUUUCCCAACAAAAUUUGGUGUUAUAAAGGUGUUUGGGUGUUUGAAGAUAAAUUGAGGGAUAUAAAGGAAUAACAUGUUGGUUUUUUUUAAAAGAGAGAAAGUGGACUGUGAUAUAUGUUUGCUGCAUACAAUGUGGCAAAUGGUACGAGUUUUUACUGUUAUUGCUUUCUGCUCAGGAGUUGGGGCUCCUCCUUUAAAAAAGCCUCUAUCCAGCACUCACUAAGUUAACCACUUGUAUAAUAAAGGUGAUAAUUCACUUC